UUUAACUGGUGCACAGGGCACACACCAGCAAGUCUGCUGUUUACAUGACGGAUUCUCCAGCUAGUUUACACAAUGUUCAAAAGCCACAAAUCCCUUGCCUCAGAACGUAAAAAAGAAUUAGUCUUUAAAGGAGUUUCAAGGUCCACAGUGAGGAAUGAUCUGAGAAGUUUCCACACUUUGUCGCAUUUUGUACUCUCAGCAGGCCCUCUAAAAUCAGCUCCAGCCCUCAAACAUUCAAAAACUGCUUACUUUGAGAUUGAAAUACUUGAUGCUCAAACCAGAAAACAGAUAUGUAUUGUGGAUAAGGUGAGACAAACAUCUACCAUUCAUGAUGUUAAACAAAAAUUUCACAAAGCAUGUCCAAAUUGGUAUCCUUCUCGAAUUGGGCUGCAGCUAGAAUGUGGUGGACCCUUUUUGAAGGACUGCAUCACUAUUCAGAGUGUUGCCGCUUCCUCCAUUAUUACGCUCUAUUUUACAGACUUAGGUCGACAAGUCAGUUGGACCACAGUGUUUCUGGCUGAAUACACAGGACCUCUGCUAAUAUAUUUCCUUUUUUACUUGAGGAUUUCAUAUAUAUACGACAUAAAAGAAAGUGCUAGAAGAUUACGCCAUCCAGUGGUACAUUUGGCUUGCUUCUGUCAUUGCAUACACUACAUCCGGUAUAUUUUGGAAACUUUACUUGUUCACAAAGUUUCUGCAGAACAUACACCUUUGAAAAAUUUAAUAAAGGGUUGUGCAUUAUAUUGGGGAUUCACUUCUUGGAUUGCGUACUACGUUAAUCAUCCACGUUAUACACCACCAUUGUAUGGAAACAGACAAAUCACAAUAUCUGCUAUCAAUUUUCUGAUUUGUGAAGCUGGGAAUCAUUUCAUCAAUGUAAUAUUGGCUCAUCCCAAUCACACAGGAAAUAAUGCCUGCUUCCCAAGUCCAAAUUAUAACCCCUUCACGUGGAUGUUUUUCUUGGUUUCAUGUCCAAACUACACAUAUGAGAUUGGAUCAUGGAUUAGUUUCACGAUCAUGACACAAACACUGCCAGUUGGGAUUUUUACACUUCUGAUGAGUAUCCAGAUGUCUUUAUGGGCAAACAAGAAACAUAAAUAUUAUCUGAAGAAAUUCAACUCAUGUAUGCAUAGGAAAUCAGCAAUAAUUCCAUUUUUGUUGUAAAAAAUAAGUAUUCCAAUAUCAAGAAAGGCAAUAUAUAAAUUCAAUACAUCAAACUUAUUUAAGGACAAUUAACUAAUGCUCUAUUAAUUUAUGAACAAUAAUAUUUUUAUUAUUAAAAUAUGAACUUUCAGAAUUUGUCCAAAUUUACAGUGAUGAAAAUUAAGCAAUGAAAAGUAAAAAUGAUAAAUAGAGAGUAUGCCAAAAAAAAUGUAUACAUACUUCAGCAGUUUGCUGUACUAAUAAAUGUCUGGAAGCUAAUGAA